AAAAGCGAAACGCGGAAUUCUUUCAUUUACAGAAGGGCAAAACUGUUGGGAGACUCGGCUUCGUCAUUGUUAUAGAGAAGGUAAUAAAGUGGCAGACAAAUUAGCAAACUUAGGGGUUGGACAGGAAGAGAGAUUGCUCUUCUUUGAUAACCCGCCAAGAGAGUUAACUUCCCUCCUGCGUGAGGAUUUUGAAGGUGUCACGACACCUCGCCUAAUUAUGUAAUUUUAUUUUUGUCGGGGUUUUUCUCCCCUCUUAAGCACCAAAAAAAAAAAACAGAAGGGCAAAAUUAACGUAGACUGUACGGUUUAUUUACGGUGGGCCCACGCACUUGUGUAGCUUAAAGCAUCCGUUUAGCUGAGCUAACACACACCGGAAAAUAAAAAUCCGUAGCUAAACUUAAACGGCAUACAAGGGUACUUUCGUCCUUUCACUCCACUCACCCCCUUCCUCUUUUUGUUGCGAGAAGAGGAGAGAGAAAUUCCAAAUUCGAAGAAAGAAAAAAAAAAUCUCUCUUUUUUCUCUCUCCUCCCCGCAGAAGUAGCGCAGCAGCCAAGUCCAGACUAUAGUAGUAGUAGAGUAAAGAACCCCAUUGUCAGAGAAAGAACAACCCCAAUUCCUUUCUCUUUCUAUUUUUUUUGUUUUCAUUUUCAUUUUCAUUUUAUUUUUAAUUGGAAUUAAAUUAUUCUUGGCGUGCUUAAAUUCAAAUCCAAAUUGGGCGAAUUUUUGGGAUUUCUAAACUGUAUUUUGUGGGGGAACGAACACCAAAAUAUUUAAACACAAAUUCAUAGUGUUUGUUUUUAUUUUCGUAAUUACAUUUUGGGAAUUAUUAUUGUGAUAUUUUGAAUUGUACAUUUUGGGAAAUUGGGAAGUAAAAAUGGAGCAGCGUGGAACUCCGGUGAGAAAACCACAUACAUCAACUGCAGAUCUGCUUACUUGGGAGGAAAAUCCUUCCGCUGAUUCUUUUUCUCUCUCCUCCUCCAAUCGCCCUAUUCGUAAUAACCAGCCAUCGGAUGGGAUCAGUAAGGUGGUCUUUGGAGGUCAAGUGACUGAUGAAGAAGUGGAAUCCUUGUUGAAAAGGAAACCAUGCUCUGCUCACAAGUCAAAAGAGAUGGUAGGUAGUGGCAUUUUCGAGGCUGAAGAAAAGACUGAGAGCCAAGAAGCUGAAGGUGCCAACCAAACUCCGGGUAGCAAAACUGGCGUUCGUAUGUACCAGCAAACCCUUUCUGGAAUGAGUCAAAUCUCAUUUGGUGCUGAUGAGAGCGUUUCUCCAAAGAAACCUCCCACUUUACCAGAAGUAGCAAAGCAGCGCGAACUGAGUGGAAAUCUGUAUGAUAGUGCAGCAGCAGAAGAAGCAAAGUUGAAGAAACAACUCUCCGAUGCUAAAUGCAGGGAGUUAAGCGGACACGACAUUUUUGCCCCUCCCCCCGAAAUCAAACCCCGAUCGAACGUAAGGUCGCCUGCAUUCGAGGAAACAGACAGCGAACUUGUAGUGAAAACAGCAAAGAAGAUUUCAGACCAGAAAUUCGCUCAUUUAUCAGGAAACAACAUCUUUAAGGAAGAUGCACCACCAAACUCGGCAGAGAAACCGUUGAGUCACGCCAAGCUGAGGGAGAUAAGUGGGAAUAACAUCUUCGCCGAUGGGAAGGCCGAAUCCCGAGACUAUUACAGCGGCGUUAGAAAGCCUCCGGGUGGUGAAAGCAGCAUUGCUUUGGUUUAAGGGGUUGUUUGGUUGACAUCUAAAAAAAUGGGGGGAGUGAAAAUUCAUGGGAAUUCGUAGAUUGGAUCGUUGUUUGGUUAACAUUGAAAAAGUAAUAGUUGAGGAAGUUGGAAUUCGUGGGAAGUUGGUUUAAUCUGGUCAGAGAUCUAACAUUGUUAUUUAUUUUUUUUAUCAUCUUCUUCUCAUUAUUAUUGAUUUCGCGUGUCAUCAUUCUUCGUUGUGGGUAUAACGACUUGACCUUGCAAGUUGCAACUAUGGAGGUUUAGUUACAUAUUUUCUCUUAGGUUUUAACUUGUUGAUUCAGAGUUACAGACAUUUUGCUAAUUGGUUGUAAUGUUUAUAAAAAAACGUUGGUUUUUUUUUUCAA